AUGAAGCUAGGCAGUGCCGUCCAUAAGACCCUGGAGGAUGAGCUGUAUACGACCGUACCCGUUGAGAUCACGAAUAAGGAAGACGCGUGGGGCUUGAGGAUCUGGAAUGUCAUUCAGGGACUGCGCACACUUAGGGAUUGCGGAAUGACCCGGGAAAUGGAAAUAUGGGGUCUCAUUGACGGCGAGCUGGUUAAUGGGGUCAUUGACCAGCUUUCCUACGAAUGUCCAAAUCCAGAACUCGAGGCAACGGCUGCAGCAUACUACGCUGAGAUAGAGGCUGAGCGGGCUGCAGUGCCUGAGUAUCAGAUGUCGCUUUCUGAUUAUUUACUAUCUCCGGCUCAGGGUGGGAGGACGCUGUCUGACCUUGCUAUAAGCAAUGUUGAUGAUGUGCCGCACGAGCCGGAUUCAGGUGCCCGACAAUUGCUUCCCCCAGAGGUCUUCUUCAGUGUUCCUAGAAUCUACCUGACGGAUAUCAAGACAAGAGGCAGUCGCUCUAUGCCAACGGUCAAGAGUUCGGCCUUCCGGCCUACUCUACUCCAACUUCAGAUCUAUUACCACAUGCUCAAUCGUCUGAUCACCAGCGACGAUGUCAACAUUGAACUCCUUGCGUCGCGAUAUGGCUUCGAUCCCCAACGCCCAUUCACCGACGCCUUCAUUUCCGAGGUAGGCGGCUUGAACGAUCAGUUCUUCGACGCCUCGUCCUCUCGCGAGUUCAACCCAGACUACACCCCUAUGCCUGAAGAUGCAAAGAGCAUACCUUCCUCCUUCAAUGAUUUUACUCCAUCCUCCAGUCAAGACUCCACCAAUUUACUACUGAAAUAUAACAACCUUUCCCAUCUCUGGAAACUCAUGAAACAUCAGCUCCGUCUUACCUUCCUACCUUCUUCUUCCGAAUCCUCCAUGCCAGCUACAGGUGUAGCUGUUGCCCCCUCCAUCCCUGCCGAAUGUCAACCUGCUACACUGGAGUCGUACCCUACUUCCUUGUCACCUCUUCUGACAGCUAAAUUCAUUCUCUCUACACCCCCUCCCAACACGGAAGAAGAAGGCACGAGUGCGAAUGCAACAAAUAAAACCCGAGUUUUAGGAAGUCGAUCUUUUCUCUUCGAUCCCACCACCAUGACAUCCUAUCUGUCUGACCAGAUGGACUGGUGGCGCGGACACCGUGAUCCUCGCGGUGUUGAAGUUAUGGAUGCGUGGAAGUGUCGCAUCUGUGAAUUUAACGAAUUGUGUGAAUGGCGCCGGGAGAAGGAGUGGUCGCUUGCUAGUCGAGCGAGGAGAGGAGGUUCUUCAUCUGCUUCUACUGCUAUAUAA